AUGGCAGUGCGCUUAGCUCUGAGCUUGGCAAAGAAGGAGCUGCUGAGGCCCGAGAAGGGAGUCUUCGCUGGGUGGAGAAAGACAGGGACUUCUGCCUCUGCCUCAGUCUCCGUCCCUGCCAACCAGGGCAAGUUCAGGACUGAGGACGACCUCCCUUGCAUAGGAAGCCUACAGCUGCUGUACAGAGUUGUCUUUCAGGGAUACCUCAAACGCAUGCAUGAGCUGCAGGUCCAUGAGAAGCAGCUGUACGGAUCCAUUUACAAGGUCAGAGCUGGAGGUCAUCACUCCAUUGUCCUGAACAGCGUGGAGUUCAUGGAGGAGCUUUUGAGAAAGGAUGAAAAGUUCCCCUGUCGGGGAGACAUGACCGCCUGGACUGAGUAUCGUGACCUGAGGGGAAUCAGCUACGGCCCUUUCACUGAGGAGGGGGAGAGAUGGUACCAGCUGCGAGCCAUUCUCAACAAGCGCAUGCUCCAUCCCAAAGACUCUGUGCAGUAUGGUGAUGUGAUCAAUGAGGUCGUCACAGAUUUUGUCAAAAGAAUAUACCACAUACGCCAAGCCAGCUCUUCAGGAGACCUGGUGACCAACCUGUCCAAUGAGCUGUACCGAUUUGCUCUGGAGGGAAUCUCCACCAUUCUGUUCGAGACGCGCAUCGGGUGCCUGGAGAAUGAAAUCCCUGCAGAGACUCAAGACUUCAUUGAUUCCAUCGACAGGAUGUUCUCCUACAUUAUGAUAGUUGUUUUCCUGCCCAAGUGGACACGUAACCUCCUGCCCUUCUGGGGCCAGUACAUCUCUGGCUGGGAUGGCAUAUUCAGAUUUGCCAGGAAACUGAUUGACAGCAAAAUGAAGGCCAUUCAGCACCGUGUGGACCUGGGCCAGGAGGUGGAGGGGGAGUACCUCACCUACCUGCUGUCCAACAAGAAACUGACCAAUGAGGAUGUGUAUGGCAGCAUUGCAGAGCUGCUAUUAGCUGGAGUAGAUACGACGUCCAACACCAUGAUGUGGGCCCUCUAUGAGUUGUCCCGGGCACCAGAAGUACAGGACAGGCUGCAUAAGGAGGUGUCCAGUUGUGUUUCUGCGGACAGGAUCCCCACAGCUCAGGACUUUGCCCGCAUGCCGUACCUCAAGGCAGUCAUUAAGGAGACACUGAGGCGGUAUCCUGUUGUUCCCAUGAAUGCUCGGCUCAUGACUGAAAGUGAUGUGUCAAUCGGAGGAUAUUUUUUUCCAAAGAAGACCACGUUCUCGCUCUGCCAUUACGCCAUGAGCCAAGAUGAGAAGAUCUUCCCAGAGCCGUGGAAAUUCAAACCAGAGCGCUGGCUGAGGGACGGACGGAAGCGGCCCCACCCCUUUGGCUCCAUCCCUUUUGGGUAUGGGGUGCGAGGCUGCGUCGGCCGCAGGAUUGCUGAGCUGGAGAUGUACCUGGCUCUGUCACGGAUAAUCAGACUGUUUGAAAUAAGACCAGACAGCAGUGUGGGGGAAGUCAAAGCUCUAAACCGGUCUGUCCUGGUGGCAGACAGACAGGUGAAUUUGCACUUCCUGGAAAGGGAUGGAAUUUCUGCUCACUGAUUCAGUAAAAGGUUUCCAAGCAACAUGUGACAGAUGAAAAGAAAUCAGACUGCCACAAAC